CCCGGCUUGGAGAAUUGAGCCAGUGCAGACAGACAGACAGAAAAAGCGACCCUGAUGGGUUCCUGGAAAGCUUUUCUCUUCUCCCCCUUUCUUCUGUGGAAUCAAAGUAGAGGGGUGAGAUUGAUGUUCUUGUUACUGGCCCUGCAUUUGGGAAACUGUGUCGAUAAAGCAGAUGAUGAAGAGGAUGAGGAUUUGACGGUGAACAAAACGUGGGUCUUGGCUCCAAAAAUACAUGAAAGUGACAUUACACAAAUUCUCAAUUCACUGCUUCAAGGUUAUGACAAUAAACUUCGUCCCGACAUAGGAGUGAGACCUACUGUAAUUGAAACUGACGUUUAUGUAAACAGUAUUGGACCAGUGGAUCCCAUAAAUAUGGAAUACACAAUCGAUAUCAUUUUUGCCCAAACCUGGUUUGACAGUCGUUUAAAAUUCAAUAGCACCAUGAAAGUGCUUAUGCUUAACAGCAAUAUGGUGGGGAAAAUCUGGAUUCCCGACACUUUCUUCAGAAACUCAAGAAAAUCCGAUGCUCACUGGAUAACAACUCCUAACCGUCUGCUUCGGAUCUGGAAUGACGGACGGGUUCUGUACACCCUCAGACUGACAAUUAAUGCGGAAUGUUACCUGCAACUCCACAAUUUCCCUAUGGAUGAACACUCCUGCCCAUUGGAAUUUUCAAGCUACGGAUACCCUAAAAAUGAAAUUGAGUAUAAGUGGAAGAAGCCCUCUGUAGAAGUGGCAGAUCCUAAAUACUGGAGAUUAUAUCAGUUUGCGUUCGUGGGGUUACGAAACUCCACUGAAAUCUCUCACACAAUCUCUGGGGAUUAUGUUAUCAUGACAAUUUUUUUUGACCUGAGCAGAAGGAUGGGCUAUUUCACCAUUCAGACCUACAUUCCUUGUAUCCUGACGGUGGUUCUUUCUUGGGUGUCUUUUUGGAUCAAUAAAGAUGCCGUCCCUGCGAGAACAUCACUGGGGAUCACUACGGUCCUGACCAUGACAACGCUGAGUACAAUUGCCAGGAAGUCUCUACCCAAGGUGUCUUACGUCACCGCCAUGGAUCUCUUUGUUUCUGUCUGUUUCAUUUUUGUGUUUGCAGCCUUGAUGGAGUAUGGAACCUUGCACUAUUUCACCAGCAACAAGAAAGAGAAGAUUACUAGAGACAGAAAGCUGAAAACUAAGGCCUCGACAUCCCCUGGUGUCCAUGCCGGAUCCACCCUGAUUCCAAUGAACAGCAUUUCCGUGCCCCAAGGAGAAGACGAUUACGGGUAUCAGUGUCUGGAGGGCAAAGAUUGUGCCAGCUUCUUCUGCUGCUUUGAAGACUGCAGGACAGGAUCUUGGCGGGAAGGGAGGAUACACAUUCGCAUUGCCAAAAUUGACUCUUAUUCCAGAAUAUUUUUUCCAACAGCUUUUGCCCUGUUCAAUCUGGUUUACUGGGUUGGCUACCUUUACCUAUAAUUUCCAAUUCAUACACGAAAGUCAUUAAGUGUCACUAAAUCCAAUAUAAUCUUUUCUACUUCAGUAACAUGAAGUUUAAAUUUAAAAUGCAAAGAAACCCAUGGUUAGAAUUUGAAUGGUAUCUCAGUUAUUUUAAGACCUUCAUAGGUAAAUACAGUAACAACUUUUACAAUUUACAUGCAAGUGAUUAGUGCAAAAUGCAGU